UUACCAGGAGGGAAAAAAAAGGAAAAAGGUGAUUCCCUGUCGGCACCGGGCUGGCAGCAGAGCAGCACAGGUAGUCAGCGGCAACUCCCGCUAAUCUACCCAGCGACACCUCCCGUCUCUGGGGUGGGGGGAGAAGUACCCGGAGCCUCGGAGAAUCCGUCCCGCAUCACCACCAUAGCCCGUUCAGGUCAGCGGAUCGCUGUCAAACGCCGCCUCCGAAGAUGAUACCUGGCAAGCGAAGAGCUGCGGUCAUGCUCCUCUCUGCGGCGAUAGUCGGAGCGAUGCUGAUGCAGCCCGUCCGCUCCCAGAAUGAGCCGUCCAUUGCUGCCUCUGAGAAUGUCCUCCUAACAUUUGAGGAAGGCAGCAGUCCAGGCAUUGUGCUGCAGUGCAAUCUGACCAGCUCCUACAGCGCCCACAAGGAGAACUUCUGGAUGAAGAACGGGGAGGAGAUCCCAGAGACCCGCCAGGACAACAAGAACAUGGAGCUCAAGCUGGAUAGACCAAGAGCAGAUGCUGCUGGAGUCUAUGUGUGCGUCUACACCUUUGACAACGCCCCCCCAGCCAACGCCACCAUCGAAAUCAAAUCUGUUCCUGUGAUCACAGGCCACAAACGCAGUGAGAAUAAAAAUGAGGGCCAGCGUGCUGUUCUCCACUGUAAGUCUCUGGGCUAUCCUCACCCCAUUUGGACUUGGCACAAAGUGGACAACGGCGGUUUUAAGGAUAUUGACAACUCAACCGGGCGCUUCUUCAUCAACAGUCGGGACAACUACACCGAGCUCCACAUCGUCAACCUGGACAUCAACGCCGAUCCAGGCGUGUACGCUUGCAACGCCACAAAUGUGAUCGGCAGCAAUAAGGAAACGUCUGUGUUGAGGGUUCGCAGCCACCUGGCCCCCUUAUGGCCCCUUUUGGGAGUUCUGGCAGAGAUCAUCAUCCUCAUCGUCAUCAUUGUUGUGUAUGAGAAACGUAAGAAGCCAGAAGAUUUACAAGACGAUGAUGACCUAGGUGGACCAGUGAAAACAAACUCAACCAACAACCACAAAGACAAGAAUCUGCGGCAGAGGAAUACAAACUGAGUAGUGCGCCUGCUGAGUGUCAUCUGACAUGUAUUGACCACAUGAAGGUUAACAAGAAUGGACUCCAUAUCGAUUGUAACAUAGGAUGUAUCUGCCAUUAAAAGUAUGACUGUUGAGAGGUCAAUGAGGCAUGCCUUAUCAUUUUCUUGUGUGAGGCGCAUAUGUAAACAGAUGGUGUUAGCAUUAUAUCCAUUGUUGCUGCAUGCAGUUGUUAAGGUCUUUUAUGAUUUAUCUUUAUUUGAACUCUUCUCGCCUGAUUUUACACUUUCUAAAAUAAUGCAUGCAAGCUGUUGACCUUCUGUUCCAAACAGAAAUGGCUUCUUUGUUUCUCUGAGAGUUGCUUUAAUGUAGAAUAUCUGUACUGUGAAAAACAAAUCUCAGAAAUGUAUAAGAAAAGGAGGUUAUCUGGUAUGACAGACGUGUACAGUUUUACCAUUCCUCUGCGUACCUUUCACCCCUCUAUCAGACAGGAUAUUUCACAUUUUAAGGGCUUUGCAGUGUCCCUCUAAAAUUUGGUUAAGGUUUACUUUAAUGUAUGUAUUGUAUGUAUUAAAUCAUUACAUGUGACAUCACUACUAAUAUAAAAAGUAUACAUGAUAAACAAAGCACUUAAUUCAGAAUUGGAAAAAAAAAUGUAUAAAUCUACUUAAGGAAAAAAACGGUAUUAAAUGUUUUAACAUUAUUUUAUAAAGUAUGUGUAUUGUACAGCAUGGCUAUUAUCCUAUGCAAUUAUUAUCCAUAUCAAUAUAUUGAAUAUCACUGCAGCUUCUGAUUUUUGUGACAAAGCUUUAAACUAGUAGGAUCACCAUAGAGCAUUGAUGGCAAACCCCACAGCUGCAUGAGCUCUCAGCAGCUGGCACAUGUCAAGAAGUCCCAAGAUAUCCACUCAUUUUUAAGAAUAAAUAUCUAAAAAAUGAAA